CGGACCUGGGUGGAGCGAGAAGUACGUCCGCAACAUGGCCGCUGUUUGAUAAAGCUGAUUGAACUUAGAGGAAAAACACAAACUAAAGUACUGAUCUUAUGACGUUAAUAUCCAUCUGAUACCGGUGUCGAUGCUUGUAUCGAUCCGCUCAGCCUCAGCGGAAGCAGCGAUGAGUUCAGCUCAGUAUCUGAGAGAGUUCAUCAAGGAGAGACUAACUGCUGUUUGUGAAGAAAUCUUCUCAGAGGUUCAAAAAACCAUCGUCCAGUAUGAGGAGGAGAUCAACCGUCAGCACAGACUGCUGGAUAUCAGCCGGAAACCCGACAGAAACUCACACAUCACAGACUUCCCACGACAACGUGACUGCAAUGAAGAGGAGGGGAGGAACUCCAGUCUGGACCAGGAGGACCCAGAGCCUCCACAGAUUAAAGAGGAACAGGAGGAGCUCUGCAGCAGUCAGGAGGGAGAGCAGCUUGGACUGAAGCAAGAUGAAGGCAUUAUCGUCUGGUCCAGUGAAGAGCAGAUUAGACUGCUGGGGACCAUCUGCAAACCUGAGAUAAAGUUACACAGAAUAGACCUCCAACAGCAGCAUGUCUGUGAUGAGGAGAAGGUUGUCAGAGGUCAGCAGGUCUGUAACCAGGAGAGGAACUCUAGUCUGGACCAAGACGACCCAGAGCCUCCACAGAUUAAAAAUGAACAGGAGGAACUCUGCGGCAGUCAGGAAGGACAGCAGCUUGGACUGAAGCAGGAGGCUGAUGCCUUCAUGGACACCCUUGUUUAUCAGGAAAGUUACCACAGUGAACUGGAAUCAAACAGUGAGCAGCUCCUUUCUCACAGCUGUCCUGAAGUAGAAAGCAAGCAUGUAGUCUCAGGAUCAGCUAGAAAUAUAGCACUAAAGAGGAGGAGACGUCUCAGACUUGCUGACACAAGGGAAAAGUCUCUAAAAUGUGACACAUGUGGAAAAGCAUUUUACUUCCAAUCCCACCUGAGUGCACAUCUUAGAGUUCACACAGGUGAGAAACCAUAUUCUUGUAGCACCUGUGGGAAAAGAUUCAGCCACAAAUCAGCAUUGGAUAAUCAUAUAAGACGUUACACAGGCGAGAAGCCAUAUCUUUGUAUCACUUGCGGGAAAAGAUUUGUUCAGAAGUCUCAUUUGGAGCGUCAUGUGAGAAUUCAUACAGGUGAAAAGCCGUAUCCUUGUAUCACCUGUGGGAAAAGAUUUAAUCAGAAUUCAGAGCUGCAACGUCAUGUAAGAAUUCACACAGGUGAGAAGCCGUAUUUUUGUAAAACUUGUGGGAAAAGAUUUGCUGACUCAUCAGGACUCAUAAAACACAUGAGAUUUCACACAGGUGAGAAACCAUUUUCUUGUGGGAUCUGUGGAAAAAGUUUCAGUCAGAAAUCAGCAUUGGAAACUCAUGUAAGAACUCACACAGGCGAGAAGCCGUAUUCUUGUAGCACUUGUGGGAAAAAAUUCAAUCAGAAAUCAGGAAUGAAGUCUCAUGCAAGAAUUCACACAGGUGAGAAACCACAUUGCUGUAGCAGGUGUGGGAAAACCUUUAGCCAGACGACACACUUAAAGAAGCACAUGAGAAUUCAUACUGAUUAAAAGUUUAAAGCUUAGAACAUGUGGGACAGCUGUUAGUCAUAAUAGAGUGUUGGUUGUCGAGCUCACACUGAGCAGAAGUCAAACCACUGCAACACCUGAGUGAAAAGAUGAAUCAUAUUCAGGUCAGUAUUAUGUGGGUUCUAUUCCAGGAAGCAGGUUUAACUAACAACUGCAAGUUUGCUAAUCCUGACAUGAGGGAGAGAAAGAGAGUUAACUUUAACUCAGUGUCACUCACCAGGUUAAGAAACUCUUUGAACCUAACAGAUUUCAGCAGAUUUUCUUAAACAAACUAUGAAUUUGUGUAAGAAACUCAUAGUCACUCCUCCCAUUUGCUGCACCUGAACCUGCCAACUGACACUCCAGUUAAUUUCCUCUUUCAUAAUGUUGUUAACAACGCACAUUAAUCUGCUGGAAGUUUGUUCUUACAAAUUGUCAGUUAGAUGUUGCUUUGUAACAGCGAUUAUUGCAGAUUUAUUAAGAGCUGAGAAUAAGAGCAUAUAGUAGCAUAUACUAAUUUAGUUUCUGUAUUUCCAACUCUGACUUAGCAGAGCCAACUUUGAGUACAUUAUUGUAUUUUUGUAGUACGUCAUUGUCCUCUUUAAAGUUUUAGACCCAUAGAGCACAGGAUUAGCUAUACU